UAUGAGAUUUGUUCAUAUCUGCUUAAUUCUAGCUAUUGCAAAUGCAACAAAAUUCUUAGAUGAAACUACAGUUUUUGGAUAGGAAGCAGAAGUUUAAAUUACAUAUGAUCAGUCUACAUCACUAUUUACAGAAGAAUAAUUAGCUCAAAAUACAGAGGUUAGGAUGAAUAAAGAUGAACCCUUUGAUUACUAAUCAGAAUAGAUAUCACCAUUAUAAAGUGUUGAGCAAUAACAAAUUUUAUUAGCUUAUGAAAAGGAUCUCUUACCAUAAGGAGACUGUGUAAUUUUAUAUGCUGAAUGCCAAUUCAAAGGGACAUCAAAAAAAGUAUGUAAAGGAGUAGAAGAAGUGAUGAGUUUUUCCCUUCCUGUGUUUUCAAUUUAUGUUCCUGAAUUGUAUUUUAAAAUAUGUAUUAAUAGAUAACAAUUUUCAACAAUUGAUGUUAAUAGCAAUACCUAAGUUACAUUUUUAACUAGUGAUAAAUGUUUAGAUCAACCUAUUGUAAUGGCUGAUUCUCAAUUAGAUUUUUUCAUUGCAAAAUCAAUGUCAAAUUGGAUAGGAGAAAGCGCAGGUAUUAUAUUAUAAAUCUAUUAAAGAAGUAACCUAAUUGAUUUAACAAGAACAAGUAGAAAACUAAAAUACUGCAGUUGAACAAUAAACAAAUGAAACAGAAUAAGUUGAUUAAUAAGUGUAAUAAUAAUAAGAUGUAAAUGUUGAAUAACAACUUGAUUAAUCAUAAACAGAAUAACAACCUGAUUAAUCAUAAACAGAAUAAUAAGUUGAUUAAACAUAAACAGAAUAAUAAGUUGAAUAAACAUAAACAGAAUAAUAAGUUGAUUAAUAAUAAGAUUCUUCAGUUUAAGAAUAAUAAACAAUAGAGAAUGAAUAACAAUCAGAAUAAUAAAAUGAAAACACUUAAUAAUCAACAGAAUAAAGUAAUCAAUCUGAAAAUUAAGAAACAUAAGAAAAUACAAUUACUGAAUAAAAUUAAGAAAAUUAAACAUAAUAAACAGAUUAAUCUUAAGAAUAAGUAGAAUAAUAACCAGAAGUAGUUUCAUAAGAUGAGAAAUUAUAAGAAAAAGAAAUGGAAGAAGUUGUUGAAACUGUUACAGAAAUUGUAUAAUAAGUAGAAGAAAAAUAAGAAGUUGAAUUAGAGUCUGAAAAGGAAUAAUUAUAAUAAGAAGAGGAAGCUUAAUAAUAAUAGUAAACUUAAUAAUAAACUGAAUAAUCUGUUGAUGAUAUACCAUAAAAUUAAGAACCAGAAUAAUAAUAUUCCUAAACUGAAACAGCAGAACCACUUGUAGGAUAAUCAUAAUAUACAAAAUGA